CAAUAGAAUAAAUGCUGCAUUCCUUAUAAUCCUAUAUAUCAAUUGAAUCCUAUAAAUCGCGAAUUUUUUUUAUUUUUUAUUUUAUUUUAUUUUUUGUUUGACAACUCUCAUGAUGCGCCAUGCUCCAUGUGCCACAGUAGUGAAAAAAGGCAAUAUUACGAUUAUCAAAAGAACAGAACGCACACACGACGUAUGGAACAGCGCAAACUAUACAGAAGAACGACAGCGUAUCCGAGAAUUUUGGUUACAACUUUCAGAAGGAGAAAGAAGAUCAUUAGUCAAGGUAGAAAAAGAAGCCGUGUUGCGUAAAAUGAAAGAACAACAAAAACACAGUUGCAACUGUUCUGUCUGUGGUAAAAAGAGAACGGCUAUUGAAGAUGAACUGGAGGUGCUAUAUAAUACAUACUAUAAAGACUUAGAACAGUAUGCGUAUUGUCAACAGAAACUAAAAGAAGCAGACUCUGAUGAUGAUACUGCUAGUUUUCAUUCAGAUAGUACCAAGAGCAUCGAGACCGAUGAAUUCUCAAAUACAUUGACUGUUCAAGGCAGUGUUAUUACAGUAGCUGAUGAUUUAUUAAAGAAUGAUGGAAAAAAGUUCUUGGACAUGAUGGACGAAUUGGCUGAAAGAAAAUCGCUUAAAGAGAAACAAGGAAUAGAAAACGAUUCCUCAUCAUCAUCAGAAGAGGACGAAGAGGAACAUCUUGAAGAAGAAGGAGAAGAAGAGGCAGUACAAGACACAAGAACAGAAGAACAACGUAUGGAAGAAGGUCGAAAGAUGUUCCAAGUCUUUGCUGCUCGAAUGUUUGAACAGCGUGUCCUAAAUGCAUACCGAGAGAAAGUAGCACAAGACAGACAAAGACGACUGAUUGAAGAGUUGGAAGAAGAAGAUCGGCAACGUCAAGAACGAGAAUUGAAAAAGCAACAAGACAAGGAAAAGAAGCGAGAUAAAAGACGUCAAUUGAAAGAACAGCAAGAAAAAGAACGACUUGAGUUGGAAAAUAAAAAGAAGCAAGAAGAAGCAAGAAAAGAACAAGAGCGAUUAAGGAAAGAAGAAGAAAGAAAAAAGAAACGAUUAAAAGCAGCUGAAAAAGAACGUAAACGCAAAGAAGAAGAAGAGGAAGAAAAGAAAAGAAUGAAGAGUACUGAAGAACAACAAGUGUUACCUACUCGCCAACAAUCUUUUAUGGGUCCAAUUGGUAGUCCAAUUAAGUCAAAGCCCUAUUUAUCUCAUAUUGCAAGUGACGCAGAGCAUCAUUAUUCGUUUUUUUCUAAUUUCUUGUUUGGUCAACCCAUAAACGAUCCCUCAGGCUUUAUAUUGGCUGGAGAGGACACACAUUGGACAAAUGGAUGGACACCUUUAACUACAUUAUCUGAUACUGUACACAACAAACUCUUUGGUGAUGUUCUUGACAAGAAAUCUAUUGUAUUAGAAAGGGCUCAAGUGGCAUAUAUGAAGCUGAAUCAAUUGGCACAAGCCAAAUUAUGCUUAGUACCAAACUAUCACCCUCUUGUUCAAUUACAUGACACCUACAAGUGGGUUUGAAUGUACACAUCUUCAGCAUCAGGGCUAUGUUGUUCGACGGAUGGAUUCAGCGCAUAUGAUACCAUCUUCUUUAUUACCAUAAUAUACUAUUAUUAAUUCCAACACUCUCUUUUGUAUGAUACAGAUCAAAAGUUGAACUGAUUCAGAGGAUGCUAUAAGAAGUUCAAUUUGUUUAGUUUGA